CUGUUUGGAAGUUUAUCGAUGUGUAGGAUGUUGGAAUCAUGUGCAGUUUUCUGGCAGGCAAUCACACGCUUCAACUGUAGGUUAUACACAUAUAACCCCCUUCCAACUGCAGCAAAUAUAUUCUAGGCAGGGAGGGGGAAAAAGGUCAGAACUUGGCAUAAAGCUCGUCUUCACUACCCAGUGUGAUAGAUUUCCUGCCCCUGUGUGACAUCGGAAAGCCACUGUUACCUUUCCAACCUUCAGACAGAAAUUACAGCCCUGCCCUCUCAAGCUCCCAAUGUCAAAGCCACCAAGGAAAGGUUAGCACCUUAAGCAAGUAGGAAGAAAGCCCAAUGGAGACGGCUCUGCACAGGGUGGCUCAGCCCUGCCUUCUCCUCUCUGGAGACCAGAGCUGCAGAAGCGGCGGCUGCUACCCUGGCCCUAUGGAGGAAGGUGCAGAGGUGCGCCCUGGGCUUCCGCAGAGCACAGGGACCCUUGGGAAUUUACUCGGCUGUUCUUGUCUGGAAAUGAAGGCAAAAUGACUCCCACCACACAUCCUAAGCAAACACAAGGCCAUACACAACCUGGAGGGGUGCAUGCUGUAGUGGCACUAUCCCAAAGUCAGCUGAAGAAUUAAAAAGGCACUUUAAGAAUUUAGAAAGUAUUUUUGCUAAUGCUCGCUUUACUUCAGCCUUACAGCAUCUUGCUAAGUACAAAAGGAGGGCACUAUUGCUACUUUCCAGAUGGGCGAGUUAAAAGUGAAGAAAUUGAAAGGCUGGUAAGGUGGCUCAGUGGGUAAAGGUGCCUGCUACCAAGUCUGAUGACCCGAGUUCCAAUCCUAGGAACCCCUGGGAUGAAGAAGAGAACCAACUCUUGCAAUUAUCCUGACAUCCACAUGGGGAUAAAAAGACAACGUGUGCACACACACACACACAGCACACACACAAACACACACACACACAGCACACAUACACACAUGCUAUCUCUCUCACAUACACACAUGCUCUCUCUCACACACAGACACACACACACACAUGCUAUCUCUCUCUCAUACACAUGCACGCACACACACGAAUAUUUUUAAAUUAAGGCAAAAAGAGAUGGAGGAAGACACUCAGCAAUGACCUUCAGCCUACAAACUCACACUCAGUGCUGGCUGCACACCGAAUGCAAAAUACCCACAUAAACACACACACACAACACACAGGCAACAUGCACACAUAACACUCAUGUGCACACACAUGCACACACACAAGUGGCACAAAGAGUAGCACAAAGAAGAGAAAAGCACUCUUACUGCCAAUGUUUAAUGAAAUGAUAGCAUGUGUAAGAGAAAGCACAGACUAAAGGGAAAGAAAGGAUCCGUCAGCGCCUUGCUCCAUGGCUGUGAACACUGAGAAAAUAACUCCUUUAACACACGGGGCUCCCUGAGCCACCGCGGCUGAAAGGAAAGAGUUACAAUUUGGGAAUACACUGCUGGAGAUCAGAGGCCAGGGGCAGCCGAGUGUGCAGCUAUGUGUGGUGCUGGCUUUCCAGCACAUGCUUCGGAAGCACUGAGGCCAGGCCCAGGAGCUGCUCUCACCCAGGCUAUUAGAGCCAGCAAGGGAGACAUCUCUCACCCAAGUUAUUAGAGCCAGCAUGCCAGCAACCUGGAAGGGAGACAUCUCUCAACGUUUUAACAUGCUCUCCUCUUUAGGAACUACACCAGAGUUUAAAACAAGUAAAACAGUAACCUCAAACACGAUGGGGAUUCCUUAAUCCAGCCAAAUAAGGUCUGUAAUUUGCAUUCUAACAAUGCUCUUACAUGCAAGAUCAGGCUCAAGGAUGAAAGGGCUUUCAAAAAAAAAGUGGUACAAUCUUUGUAAGUUUGUCAAGCCAUUUUAAAACUUGAAACCAUAGGUAAUAACCCUUCCAUUGCUUUUUGUUCGGAGUGUUUGAUGUGUGUGUGUGUGUGUGUGUGUGUGUGUGUGUGUGUGUGUGUGUGUUUGUGUGUGUGUAUGUAUGUAUAUGUGUGCAUGUGUGUGUGGAUGUGUGUGUGGAUGUGUAUGUGUGUGUGUGUGUGGAUGUAUGUGUGUGUGUGUAUGUGUGUGUGUGUGUUCUCUCUACCCUAUGGAUCCUGUCCAUUGAACUUCAGUUAUAAGUGCUUUUGCACACUGAGCCCUCUCAACAACCCAGAAUCAUAACUUUUUAUAUCUAAUAUAGAAGGCUUUAAAUACCAGAUACUAAUUUUAUUUGCAACAAUUAUACUACCUACCUCUUCAUCGCAUGUGAAAUGAUUAAUAGAAAUAUCAUUUUGUUUUUGGAAGAGCUUUAUUUCCUGCUGGGCAUCCAGCUGUGCGGUCGGGCUCCAGAAGGUGCGCUCACAGGCCUGCACAGUCCAGUCCAGGGCAUCCCAGAUGAGCAGCUCGCCAACGUGGGAGCCAGUGACGAAACCUGUAUCUAGGAAAAGUUCACAAAUGCUCCAUUACCAAUCAUGGUCUCUAGGCUAGAACUAAAAAAUGUGUUAAGGUGACAAGCUAAUCAGAAAGAUUAGAGUGUCAAUGUGAAGACCAGAAAGAGACUAGUUCACUUACUUAAGAGCAAUAGUGCAGCUUGUAUCAAUAAAAAUACUAUCUAUAAUAUUUGAUCAUCUUUUGCAGGAAUAAAAUUAAAGAAUCAUACCGAAAAUGGAUGCCAAAAACCUAUCAAUUAAGACACUGAAGGUGCUUAUAGGAGUGCAUAAAAUAAGCUACAAAAGAAUCAGAGAAGCCAAGGAUGAGAAAGACGCUCCUUGACUCCAGAUCCAGGUCUGCAGUCAGCACAGAGCCUGCGGUCAGCACAGAACCUGCGGUCAGCACAGAGCCUGCGGUCAGCACAGAGCCCAUGGUCAGCACAGCGCCUGCGGUCAGCACAGAGCCCAUGGUCAGCACAGAGCCUGCGGUCAGCACAGCGCCCGCGGUCAGCACAGAGCCCGCAGUCAGCACAGAGCCCAUGGUCAGCACAGCGCCUGCGGUCAGCACAGCGCCUGCAGUCAGCACAGAGCCCAUGGUCAGCACAGAGCCUGCGGUCAGCACAGAGCCUGCGGUCAGCACAGAGCCUGUGGUCAGCACAGAGCCCAUGGUCAGCACAGAGCCUGUGGUCAGCACAGAGCCUAUGGUCAGCACAGAGCCCGUGGUCAGCACAGAGCCCAUGGUCAGCACAGAGCCUGCGGGCAGCACAGCGCCUGCAGUCAGCACAGAGCCCAUGGUCAGCACAGAGCCUGCGGUCAGCACAGAGCCCAUGGUCAGCACAGAGCCUGCGGUCAGCACAGAGCCUGUGGUCAGCACAGAGCCCAUGGUCAGCACAGAGCCUGUGGUCAGCACAGAGCCUAUGGUCAGCACAGAGCCCGUGGUCAGCACAGAGCCCAUGGUCAGCACAGAGCCUGCGGGCAGCACAGAGCCUGCGGUCAGCACAGAGCCCAUGGUCAGCACAGCGCCUGCGGGCAGCACAGCGCCUGCGGUCAGCACAGCACCAACCCUUUGAGAGCACACAGCUGCUCAUUCUGUGGUUCUUUUCCCAAAAACACAACAGUGGUGUUCAACUUAGCUAUAGUUUCUCCCUGUGUAAUUAUUUACAUUUCCAGACAGGUCAUUGAAAAUGUUUCACACCAAACAACCUCAAUGCUAUCUAUAUUAACAGUGGAUGUAUUUCACCCUGUGUGUGGUAUUGAAAGCCACUUGGGAAAAAAAAAUCUCUCCUGGCAUCUGGCUAUCCAGACCUCCAAAGCAUUAACACUUCGUGAUUAUCACCAUACCAUCAGCACACUGCAAGCAAAGGAUUGAAAUGAAUACAUAGAGCUCUUUGCCAGGAGAGAGUAGCAACGUCAGCCUGUGUCUUAGGAAACCUGCCCAGGCAUUCAGAGCUCUUCAACAAGUCUGGUACUUAUCAAGCAUAGUUUAGGGCAUUCAAGUAUAUCAUUCCAAGGCUGCCCUGGGGCCACGUCACUAAAAAUGCACUUCUCUUUAAAAAAUUGUGUGUGUGCUAUAUGUUGUAUGUUGUAUGUGUAUAUUCUAGAAUGUGGGCCUCUGUACAUGCAUAUGGAGGUCAGAGAGAAGUCGGAUGCCCUGAGCAAACCUCCACCUUAUUUAUUCCCUCAAGACAGCAUCUAUCACUGAACAUGGUGCUUGCUAGUUUUUGGCUCAGGUGGCAGCCAGCAAGUCCCAGGGACUUUCCUUUCUCCACCCUCACCCUCUCAGCGGUUACAGAAACACACAGCUACAUGUGGCUUUCAGUGUGAGUUCUAGGAGCUGGCCUCAUGCUUGCACGGAAAGUUCUCCUGCCUACUGAGCUGUCUCUCCAUGCCUUCAAAAUACCAACUGGUCUGCCCUGAAAGCGUACAUACAAGUAACAUUAUACAGACUAAGCAGGUCAUACAUACAUACAUAUGUGUAUAUGUGAGUGUAUUUAUACAUGUGUGUAUGUGUCAACAACUGAUGAAAAGAGGCCAUGAAUUUUAUAGAAAACAAGGAAGGAUAUAUGGGAGGGUAUGAAGGGAGGAACAGGAAGGGGGAAAUGCUGUAAUUAUAUUAUAAUCUAAAAAUGUUUUAAAAUUAUCUGUCUGUCUAUUUUUGGUUUUUCAAGACAGGGUUUCUCUGUGUAGAACUCUGUAGGUCAGGCUGGCCCCCUACUCUGUCUCCCCAGUACUGCGAUUAAAGGGCUGCACUACUACACCUGGCAAGAAAUAGGUUUUUUUAUAAAUGCAUUUCUGUUAUGAUAUGUAAGCCCAGUAACUGGUCACUGGCGUUAGGUGUGUGAGGGAAAAAAAGAAGCAGGGCAGCAAAAACUAAAAUAAAAUAAAAAAUUACAAGAAGUUCUAUGCCUAACAGUACACUGCACAGCAAAGGCUGGACCGUGAAGCUAUCUAAGGCUCACUCAGCAAUAAUCUUUCAUCUUCAUUGAAGGCACAAUGAUGUCAGUACUUAACCAUAACAAUAAGACCUGUAUCUAGGCAUAACCAGCACGAUGGGCCAGGCCUGCCCUGCUUUCCUUAGAAGCUGCAGGACUUCAGCAGGGCUCUGAGUUUCCCAGAGGGCUCAAAGGACUGCUGUCCACUUAAGAACUUGCUUUCUGAGCUACCAUUCACAGACAGAGAUACAGGGGUACCCAGCCACAGUUACGACCAGCACCUCAGAUGAUCUCAUCCUUGGAAAGGCAUGCACCUGGGUUUUGAAAGAUGCUGGCUAAAGAGGAGAAGACGCUGACUCUGGGGACACAAGAACUAACGAAAUGCUAACAGCCCAGUCUGUGAUCCUCUCCUGACAUCUGAUGUCAUACUCACUCACCGACAUUGAUACAGGUAGAGCCACUUGUGAAGAAUGCUAGAAUAUUACAAGCA